CCGAGAACGGUAUAUUCGCUCGUAUUUCUGUAUUUUGAGCAACACUGCAAGAAUGAACUGACUGAAUAUGGAGGAAGAAAGAAUAUUGAAGGCUCUCAAGGAGGGUCAGUCGGUGUGCGAUGUGCUGGAAGACGUCAAGAUGUACCUGGGACCAGUGAUACAGAAGAAAGUGGCGAAGAAGGAAUCUGAAAAAUAUGGUGUCUUCAGUUUAAAAGUACUCCGGCACUGUGUUCAACUAUUAGCUGCCAGCACUGAUGAUCUUGAUGACGUGAUUGAAAUGUGCAGGCUGGCUCAUCAGUGUACGUCUGUUCUUUCAUUCGGUAGUACCAAUCCUAUGUUGCUGGAUAAGUUGUUAUUUCAUGUUGUAUUACACACAUAUAAAUAUCAACGCUACGAUGAUUGUUUAGAAUUUUCCUCGCAUCUAUAUAAACAGCUUUGCUGCAGCCGAGAUGAAAAUCCCGACUGUGGUGGUGAAAUUGAUAAUAUUGCUAAGCAGUCUUUUAAUUGUGCGUGGAAAGCAGCCAUUGAUAUUGAAAAGUCACAAGCCGGUGAUGCUUUGACGGGCGUGUCUGUGAUGGUUCUCGAAUUCAGGACUUCGGCUGUGCGGUUUGCUCUACUGAGCACUUCUGAAGUCAGCUGGGUCGUGGAGCAAGCGUCAAAAGCCGUGGCCCAAUUUAUGAAAUCAAUGCAGAGUUCACAUACUGUGCUCCAUAAAUGUUACAAGACUGUUUUUGAUAAUAUGCUUGAGAAAUUUGAGCACCAACUACAAAGAGGAACCCUUGGGGAAAUAGACAUUGUAGCCUUGAUGAGAUGGACAAUGAAAUGCACAGAUUGUAUGUACUCGGUAGGGUCAACAAAAACUGCAUUAACGUGGCUCGGGAACCACAUGAAACAAAUUUACAAACUUUGUACUGCACAACCACUGAAGACGUCAUUGCAAAUUUGUAGUGAUAUUUUACAUGCAAGUUUAAAUCUUGCUUUGGACAAGUUGCCGGAUGCAGAAACUAUAUCGCUACUGCAGUCUAUUUACACAGCGAUGAAGAAAUACAAAAGUAUCACCCCUGAAAUGUUUCAAGUAGUUUUACAAUCUACAGACCUGCUUCGUAAAGUUAUCUCAGAAGGCCUGAACUGCAGCGACCAUCUCUCAAAAAAGUCAACCGAGUUCUAUCAAGAAAUCAUCAAGUUAUUCACCUUGUGCGUGGAUGUCCAUCAACGAAAUAAACAGAUUACGGAAUCGAGGUCUGCUCAACAGCAGGACACUAAUAAACAAAUGCUAUGUCUUGAUUUAGUUUAUCAAUUACUGCUUCAACAGCUGCCCACCAAACUGGAUUUGUAUUCGUAUUGUUUGCCAACUUGUCAUAAAACGCUGGAUAUUAUAUCGACUGUUGCCAGUGGAGAAGGCGGUAUGUUGGCAGCCAACGAAAGAGCACAAUUUGGUGUGCAUUGUUACAAUCUUGCUGUUGUACUAUAUAAAGAUAGAAGAUAUGUUGACUGUUUACCAUUAUUACUGUUGUCAUGCCAACAAAUAUACGAGUACUGUAGUACAAAUGAUGAUAGGUUGGAUGAGAACAGAGCAGAUAAAAUGAAGUUGAGAAAGAAAUAUGAACUAUUGAUUGACUGCCAAAGAAAGACUGAAUCUUCUGAAGAUGCCAUCAAAACGGCUGUGUCAGCAAUAUCCUUAUUUGGACAUUCUGUGAAGAACUUUGUCGUAAUGUUCGUGAAGGCGAAACAUGAUUUGGAUCUCAGCACACCUACUCUAAAGGAUUACCUUGACAGUGAUUGUCAUGAUGUCUAUCAGUUGGAAUAUGAAGUAUAUAAAGAACAGAGUUACGAUACAUCAGUGGAGCAGUACAGUGUGCUUCAUGGGUUAUUAGAUAUCUAUAAUGUCAGCCACAAUAACAAAGAACAGAGAGCUUACUACUUACUACAGUUAUCUAAACUUUCAUACCAAGCUGAUAUGGUGUCUGACAAGUCAGCUAAUGAAAUGCAUGAAUGCUGUGAGGAAGCAAUGAAUAUCUUAGAAGACAUUACAUCUGAGAGUCAAGAUGAUAAAAUACUAGAUUUACUCGCUGUAGUUUAUGUAUGGAAUUAUAUUAUACAUCAAACUAAGUUUAUGGAAACCAAUAUCAUUGAUGAGACAACUACUGAUGUGAUUGACAUUACAUGUGAUAUUCCGAAUGAAAUCCAUCAACACAGGAAUCUAGAUAAAGCAUUGGAUAUAUGGAAGAAUUGUAAAUCACACUAUGUGAUGGAGGAUACAUGUGAAGCCAUGACAGUACUGUCAUCAAUAUAUAAACUAUCACAAAGGGAGGUGCAAGUCAUUCAUUGUUUACAGCUGCUUGGGAAGUUUGCAGCCGCUGGCAAACUCUACCACACUGCCACCAUGGCUUACGCCGAGGCAGCCAAGUUUAUCAGUUACCAUGGCAACCUGUCACAUGCGCAUACCUUGCUUGAACAAAGUAAAUCCAACCUGUCUUUCAUCUAUGACAAUUCAGUAGGAAUGGUAGAGCUGGUGUAUAAGAUAUCUUAUGGUUAUUAUUUGCUGUAUUCCAAACAGUUUUCAAGUCUUGAGAGACUGCUGCUAGAAAUAGAAGAGGACAGUAACUUGGAACGAUCUCAACGCUGGGCAUAUCUCUUGAAAGCUGAGUGUAAAGAAUUACGCUGCAAUUACAUCCAGGCUACAGGAGUGGUGGGCGAGACACCGCAGGAAUUAGAAUACGAUGUGAUGAGACUACGACAGGGCGUGGAAAGUCUCACUGUCAAUAUGUGUACUGGAAAUAAUAAAGUUGAAUGGGGUGUUGAUAUGUGGUCAGUGAGGUAUGCAUUGCUGCAGUCUUUAUAUCAAAUUGGUUAUCUGUACAACAUACAAGGCGCUUACAGAGAAUCAAAGUGUUAUUUAUUGCAAGGAUUACUGAUAUCGGAUAGACUGGCAUUACCAAUUCGGUGAGUACAUUUCUUGGUGGAA